CACCAUGAUUCAGUGAUUCCUCAUUUCCUUUCUACUAUACUUGGACUACAACUGGAACUAUAGUUGAGUGAACCAUGUCGAAGUUGCAGACCUUCUUAUAAAAACCCACACUCAUUCAUAUCACACUCACAACACAUCUUUCUUUUCUUUUCACCAAUGGACUCCUCGUCGUUUUCGAGCUUCCGCGCCUACCUCCGCGCCCUCUCUCACACCCCCACGCGCCUUUCACGACGCGCCCUCUCCGUCUCCACCUACUACGACGAGAUGAGCCACGUCCGCGCCCGCUCCGGCACCACCAUGCGGAAGACCCUCCGCUGGUACGACCUCGUCUCCCUUGGCAUCGGCGGAAUGGUCGGCGCCGGUGUCUUCGUCACCACCGGCCGCGCCACCCGCCUCUACGCUGGCCCCGCCGUUCUCCUCUCCUACGCCAUUGCCGGCCUCUGCGCCCUCCUCUCCGCCUUCUGCUACACCGAGUUUGCCGUCGACAUGCCCGUCGCCGGCGGAGCCUUCAGCUAUCUCCGGGUCACCUUCGGUGAAUUCGCAGCUUUUAUGACCGGCGCGAAUCUCGUGGUGGACUACGUGCUUUCCAAUGCCGCCGUCGCCCGAGGCUUCACGGGCUACCUCGGCACCGCAAUCGGAAUCUCCUCCUCAAAAUGGCGGCUCACGGUGCCGUCUUUUCCGCACGGCUUCAACGAAAUAGACGUCGUCGCUGUCGCCGUUGUUUUGCUCAUUACUCUCGUCAUCUGCUACAGCACGAGAGAGAGUUCGGUGAUGAACAUGAUUCUCACGGCGCUGCACAUAUUGUUCAUAGCGUUCGUGAUAAUGGUAGGAUUCUGGAGAGGGAGUUGGCAGAAUUUCACCGAACCCGCUAACCCGGAAAACCCCGGCGGAUUCUUUCCGCAUGGCGCUGCCGGCGUUUUCAAAGGUGCCGCCGCUGUUUACUUGAGUUACAUCGGCUACGACGCCGUUUCGACCAUGGCAGAGGAAGUGAAGGAUCCCGUGAGGGAUAUUCCGGUUGGAGUGUCCGGUUCCGUCGUUAUCGUCACCGUUCUCUACUGUCUCAUGGCCGCAUCGAUGACCAAACUUCUCCCUUACGAUAUGAUCGAUGCAGAAGCGCCGUUUUCGGCGGCGUUCAGUGGGAAAUCGGACGGUUGGGGAUGGGUGUCUCGAGUAAUCGGGGUGGGGGCCAGUUUUGGGAUACUGACGUCGCUGUUGGUGGCGAUGCUGGGUCAGGCUCGUUACAUGUGCGUCAUCGGUCGCUCUAAUGUGGUCCCCUCAUGGUUCGCCAGGGUCCACCCAAGGACCUCCACCCCUGUCAACGCCUCCGCUUUCCUAGGGAUCUUCACAGCGGCAAUCGCCCUUUUCGCUGAUCUUGAUGUCCUGCUGGAUCUGGUGUCAAUUGGCACCCUGUUUGUGUUUUACAUGGUGGCAAAUGCCGUGAUCUACAGACGUUAUGUGGCAGCGGGGACAAGCAAUCCAUGGCCUACAUUGUCCUUUCUGUGCUCGUUUUCCUUUACCGCAAUGAUGUUCACCCUUAUUUGGAAAUUUGUACCAACGGGAGGAGCGAAGGCAGGGAUGCUGAGUGUCUCUGGUAUUAUUGCGAUUGCAAUAUUACAACUUUUCCAUUGCAUGGUCCCUCAAGUUCGAAAGCCAGAAUUCUGGGGUGUCCCAUUCAUGCCGUGGAUACCCUCCAUAUCUAUCUUUCUCAAUGUGUUUCUGUUGGGAUCCCUGGAUGGGCCAUCCUAUGUUCGUUUUGGCUUCUUUUCGGCUGUUGCGGUGCUUUUUUAUGUCUUUUACAGUGUCCAUGCUAGCUUCGAUGCUGAAGGAGAUGGUUCUUUGACUGCAAAAAAUGGAGAAAUCCACGUGGACUCCAAGGGAACUGAGGACCUAAGUUUCAAAGUAUAGUUAUAUAUUUAUCAUGUGUUUUUUGUAUUUUGAAGUGAGGAUGAUCACUUCAACCUUUUUGGAUGGUUGAGGAACAAAGAUGUGGGGAUUACAUAUUAAAUCUAUUAGAAUUUUAGAAUAGGUUGCAACUUAUGUAGUAGAAGUGGUCAAUUGUAUAGUUACAAUGCCUUAGGUUGUCAUCCCUUUUUGUAAAUUCUCUCAGACUUCUAUCCCCAAAAUGCAAAUGGAUUAAAAAACUCCAUUUAUC